AUGGAUGCAGAUAAGUUAAUUAAAUCCAUCUUCAGAAUGCACAUGUUCAUUGCAGGCAUCCUGGGAAACAACUGGCUGGUGAUAGCCUCUCUUCCCCGAAAGAAAUCUGAAAUCCGUACCAAUGAGAUCCUGUUAAUCAACCUGGCGGUCUCCAACCUCUUUACCAACUACCUAGUGGACAUCCCUGUCACCAUGGAAGACUUUGCUGGCCAAUGGUUCUUGGGACUGACCUUCUGCAGGAUUUUUCGCUUCAGUUCUGACCUCUCAGAAACCAGCAGCCUCUUCACCACCCUCGUCAUCUGCGUCUUUUGGCACCAGAAGCUGGUUGGUUCUCUCAAGCGUGGAAGUGCACCUGUGCAGCUGGACAACCUGCGUCUGCUGGGGUGCCUGCUGGCAGGAAGCUGGACACUGUCCGUCAUCUUCAGCAUGCCUCGCCUUUUCUUUGUUUCACUGGAGGUGACGAAUGAGAGCCAUGAAAACUGCAUAGAUGUCUUCCCCGAUGAGCUUUCCAGAGAAACAUUUGAGGUUGUUUUCUUAUCACUGGCUAAUGCUUUACCUGUUGCAGGGAUCUGGGUUGCGAGUGUCCAAAUUGUUUUAACUUUGCUCCAACAUCGUAAGCGCAUACAGAGCGUUUCCUCUCACUGGGUCAAGGUUAAACAAGACAAGUCAGAGAGGUCAGUCAGCAGUGUUUCUGUUCAAGACUCCCAUAAAGACCUCAAAGAGUCUUCUUCACCAACUGAGCAUGUUUCUUCUGGUCCAAAUGGAAAAUGUCUGGGUAAAAGUCCACAGAGUUCUCCCUUAGCCAACAAAACAGAUUCCAGAGCAGAAGCUCAACCAAACCACUCAAUGUCCAGCCAGAUACCCACUAAGCAGAGUAACAACGCGAGCUCUCAGGUGAGGGCAGCAAAGAGCGUGGUGGCUGUGGCCACUGUGGUGCUCCUCUGUUGGGUGACUCAUCUAAUUCUGCGCAUCAGCAACAGCAUCCAGGAUUCAUCACUGAUGAUGGAGCUGGCCAGUUACAUCGGAGCCGUCUACACCUGCAUCAUCCCUUAUAUUUUUCUGCAUGGAGUGAAAAAACUUUCUCGUUUGUGUAAAUGA